AUGGCGAGUAGUCGUGCGGGUGGUAGUGGCGGGGGUGCUAGUGAUAGUGAUGGCUUUAGCGAUGAUGAAUUGGAUCUCGCUGUGCAAGCGGCGAUUGAUCGACGGAUCCGGCAGAGGCAGCAGCGGCGGCAGCAGGCGGCGGCGGCCGUGCCUCGGCCGAUCCAUCGCCGACGGCAUGUACCCCGGGACCACAUUGCUGUACAUCAGCGGUUGUAUGAGGACUACUUUGCUCCAGAGCCGCGUUUUGGGGAUGCCUUAUUCCGCCGGCGUUUUAGGAUGCAUCGUCCUCUGUUUAUGCAUAUCGUUGGUGCGUUAGAGAGAAGGUACGAGUUUUUCAGAAUCAGGGAGGAUGCGGCUGGCAAACCCGGAUACACACCAAUACAGAAGUGUACGGCCGCAAUGAGGCAACUGGCGUACGGAGGCCCGGCCGACAUGUUCGACGAGUACCUCCACAUUGGGGAGUCUUCAGCCGUCGAGUGUCUGUUGGAGUUUUGCGCGGGCGUUAGAGGGAUAUACCCAAACUGGCACGUCUUUGUGAAGACGAUCAAGCAUGCGGUCGGGCCAAAGAAGUCCUACUUUGCGACCCGGCAGGAGGCAGCGCGCAAGGAUGUUGAACGCGCAUUUGGUGCGCUCCAGAAUUGA